CUUCAUUUUAUUAGGUAAAUAUUUCAGUUGUUAUUGGUAAUGACUGAAAUGCUUCAUAUCACAUGUACGUAAUUUGAAAAAUAUGAAAGAAAUCUGAAGACCCAGAAAUGGAAAAAUUUGCUUAAAGUUGAAAUUUCAACAGUUUACCAUAUUAAUUGCAAGUGGACAACCAAUCUUUGUCUGUCUAUAGAACAAUAAAGAUGCAGACUGAUGAAGUGAAAUAUGUUCAAAGACGAGUGAGACCUGGUCCUCUUGAUGUUCAUCCCACAGAAAAGGCUUUGGUGGUCAACUAUGAAUUGGAAGCCACAGUGGUAGGUGAACUAGGGGACACCAUGCUGGAAGAGACGAAAGAGUGCCAGAAAAUUAUUCGUGUGAAAAGUCUAAAUGAUAGCACAGAUAUCUCUGCUUUGGCCCAAGAAAUUGUUGAAAAGUGUUCACUCAUUCCACAAGCAAAAGUUCGAGAAGUGGAACAGUUACUGUUUUAUCUUCAGACUCGAAAAGAACAACCAUCAAGUAAAGACUUGAAGAAAUCAGAGUCUUCCCAAAGUGUCAGAGGAUUGAGUGACAAAGAAAAGGAUAAAGAACGUGAAGGUCUGGAGAGUAUAAGGGUCCAUGAAAUGGCCAACAUUAACUGCUUGGAUGAUUAUAUAGAAUUACUGUAUGAAGACAUGACUGAUAAAAUAAGGGCAUCUGCCUUGGUGUUACAGCUUUCCAGAAAUCCUGAUAACUUAGCAGAGCUGGCUUGUAAUGAAACCCUUUUGGGAGCAUUAGGAAGAGUUCUUCGAGAAGAUGGUAGGAAAAGUAUUGACUUAAGUACCAACAUUGUGUAUGUUUUUUUCUGCUUUUCAACCUUUUCAGAGUUUCAUCCUCUCAUUGCACAGCUGAAGAUUGGUUCGUUGUGUAUGGACAUCAUUGAAUAUGAACUGAAUCGACAUGAACAGUGGAAAGAAGAUCUUACCAAAAAGAGAAACGUAUUGGAUUCUGAAAAAGAUAACCCAACACUGAAAAGGGACUAUGAGAAAAGUUUGAAGAAAUAUCAAACCCUUAUAAAGAAGCAGGAUCAGUUAUUAAGAGUUUCCUACUAUUUGUUGCUAAAUAUUGCUGAAGACACUAAAGUGGAAUUGAAAAUGGUAAACAGAGGCAUAGUAUCACUACUCCUCAGAACUUUGGACAGAGACUUACCAGAACUUUUGAUUCUUGUUGUGUCGUUUCUCAAGAAGCUGUCAAUCUUUGUGGAGAAUAAGAAUGAAAUGGCAGAAAAAAAUAUAGUUGAGAAAGUGGCUCGAUUAGUACAUUCUAAUCAUGAUGAUUUGUUGAAUGUAACUUUGAAAUUACUUCUAAAUUUGUCUUUUGACCUUGACCUGAGAAAUGCUAUGGUAAAAGUUGGUCUUUUACCAAAACUUGUCAAACUUAUUUGUUCCAAUGCAUUUUUAACCAAUGAGUUGGUAUUUUUAUCACAAGAUAUUCAUUGCUUUUCCCUUGCCCAUUUGAAAAUUGUAAAGUUGAUCAUGGAAUGUCCAGAAGAAAGAGUUCCACUUGAACUUAUUGCUUUAUCCAUAAACUUAACUACUAAUAAGAGAAAUGCCCAGAUCAUUUGUGAAAGCAAUGGACUGACGUUCCUCAUGAAACAUGUUUUUGAACAUCAGGAUCCACUGUUGAUGAAGAUGAUUCGAAAUGUUUCUCAACAUGAAGGUCCUACCAAAACAUUAUUCCUAGACUUUGUUGAUGAUUUAGCAGUAGCAACUCAACAAAGUGACAAUGAAGAAUUUGUGUUAGAAUGUCUAGGAGUGUUGGGAAAUCUCUCUGUACCAGAUUUAGACUUUGAAAGGCUUUUGAAGAAACAUAACCUUCUCCAUUGGAUGGAGAAAAAGCUAAUCCCUGGAGUUUGUGAAGAUGAUCUAGUGCUGGAAGUGGUUGUCCUAAUUGGAACUGUGGUAGCAGAUGAAUCAUGUGCUCGUUUCAUAGCCAAGUCUGGGAUCUUAAAGUCUCUGAUUGAACUUCUAAAUGCUAAGCAAGAGGACGAUGAGGUAGUUCUACAAAUUGUAUAUGUAUUUCACCAUCUUAUUAAACAUCCUUCCACUCAGGAGCAAAUGAUCAAGGAGACUCAAGCACCUGCUUACCUUAUUGACCUUCUACAUGACACCAACCCAGAAAUUAGGAAGAUCUGUGAUAGCACUUUAGAUGUGAUUGCUGAACAUGAUGAGGAAUGGGCAAAAAGAAUCCAGCUGGAUAAGUUUCGUUGGCAUAAUUCUCAAUGGUUAGACAUGGUUCAGUCUCAGCAGAUGGAUGAAGCUGCUGACAUGUAUAUUGAUGAACAGAUUGGCCCUUUUAUUCAAGAGUCAGACAUUUUGGAACAGUCAGACUUGAUGUAUAGUGGCUACGACUCUCUUAGUGCUGAAGGUAACCUAUCUCCUGAAUUUCUGGAUGCCAGUCGAAGUAAUAGGACUACAGAAUCUGCAGGAAGACCCAUGUCAAGGUAUAAGAACAGAUAUAGUGUUGACGUGGACAUGUUGAGAGAUCGAAUGUCAUCACUGGGUGUGGAUAGCAACAUUUACUAUAAGCGGCCACCAUCUGUAGCCUUUGUUAAUGGAAAUGCCAUAGACAACAGUGCACCAAACACUGGAAUGUUUUUAUUUCAUUGAAGAAUUCAGUAAAAAUGUACACUUAGCCAUAAAUCCUGAUAAUGCUGUCGUGUCAGAUUGUGUUGUGAUGGUUGAGGAAUGUAAUGGAAGCUGCAACGUAGGAGACAAUAUAUUGAUUAGAAUUCUGCAUCAGACA